AUGCACCCGCAGUCGUCGCGGUAUAGUUCGUUAGCCCGUCCGUCGGAGCCAAUACGAGGCAGCGCGGUUCCAGCUGUACCGCAGUCCCUAGCGAAAGCGCCGCGGCCGUCGCAUUCCGCCAGGCGGAGCGUAUUCCCGGCGUUGACCCGUCGACGGCUCACUACCAGAAGAACGCCCGCUAGCAGCACCAGGCUCCAGGUGGUCGCUGUCGGUUCCGCCGUCUCCGCCGACGUCGCAAACGGCGCUGUCCGCGACGCGCAACCGAGGAGCGCGUUACCCGCGUCGGCGUGGGCGGCGGUGACGGAUGAGGUGGCGGUGGGGUCGCUGGCCGUCAGCAGCAGCGCCGCCGCCGUGGCUGCGCUCGCGAGGGACGCGCGCAUCACCGCCGUUGUCGUUCUCGAGGAGGAGGGGAGCUAUGGCGCGCGGGGCACGGGGUGGGAGGAGGAGAAGCGGGCGCUGCAGGACGCGGGGCUGGUGGCCGUGUGGGUGCCCAUUCGCGAAACCGACUCCGCGGAGCAGGUGGGACGGGGGGGGGUAGCCGGUGGCCGCAGCCAUGCUACCGCAGGCAGUGCGCGUGCCGACGGCCCUGGCCGCCCUGCACCACUCCAUGCUGCUGCGCUGCCCCCCCGCCGCCCUCCCUUCUCACACACCACACCCUCACUUGCAUUGCAAACCCAUUCCCUCCCGCCUCUCACCGUGCAGGCAGCCAUGCUACCGCAGGCAGUGCGCGUGGUGGCAGCCCUGGCCGCCAUGGGCCACAGGGUGCUGCUGCGCUGCCCCUCAGCUGCCCGCCUCUCCCCCCUCAUCGCCCUCGGGUAUCUGGUGCUGGCCAAGGGCAUGCCAGUGAGCGCAGCACUGGCGGUGGUGAAGGAGAGCAAGCCCAACGCCGACCCGCCUGUCAACGUGCUCAUGGAGGCGCGCGAGAGGCUGCUAGCGGGAAUGACGUCGCGGGUGAUAACGAUCGCCGAGGCCAUCUACCACACGCGCCCCAUCACCCCCAUCACCGCCAUCACCACCAUCACCCCCAUCACCCCCAUCACCUCCAUCACCCCCAUCACCCGCAUCACCCCCAUCACCCCCUUCCCAUCACCGCCAUCACCGCCAUCACCCCCAUCACUGCCAUCACCGGUCCCACGGGCACCAGCACAACCGUUGCACCGUCUGCUGCUUCAUGGAUCCUAUCCCUCCUUACACCUGCUCGCUCCCCUCCUCUCCCCCCUCACGUCUGCUAUCCCCGCUCCUGUGGUGUGUGCCCUUACACACCUGCCCGUCCCCCUCAUGUCUGCUCGCCCCCCAACUCUCCCCCUCUCGUCCCCAUCACAGCAAGCGCAAGAGCAGUGCUCGCGGGAGCUCUUUGACAAGUGGCUCCUCGCUGACGUCAGCUUUGCCCGCUCUGUUGCUCAGGUGGGUGCUCUCUGUUGCUCAGAUUGGAUACGCUAUUCUGGUCAGGUGGAUUUUCAGCUCGCAUCUGUUCCUCAGUCUGCGGAGCACCAAGUGAGGAGCAAGGCACAAGAGGCGGAUGUAGCAGCAGCAGCAUUGGCGGAGCGAGCAGCAGAGGAGGAGCAGGGCGAGCGUGCGGCAGACCCCCUGAAGGGCCUUUUUGACCCGGCUUCCUGGUUACCGAAGCCAGAUCCAGACCAGCGCAGCAACGGCGCCAGCAACGCCAGUGACAGCAGCAGCAGCAGCAGCAGCAGCAGCAGCAGCGGUGAUUCAAGCAACGGUGGCAGCAGUGCCAUAAGCAACGGUUAUGAUGUUACCACGGGCACGGAACUUCCCUCUCUCGCGCCGGAUGCCCCUCCUGAGCUCCAGGAAGCGAAUGCCAGGGUGGAAUCCCUCUCCGCCCAGCUGGCGGAGGCACGUGAGUGGCUUGCUGAGCUGGAGGCGUCCAGCAGCCAGGUCCUCGCUGACGUGGCGUCACGGACGGCUGAGAUCGAAGCGCUGAAACGCAGAGAGGCCCUCUGGGAGGAGGAGUUAGAGGCAGCUAAGGUGAAAGAGACAGCCAUGCGGGAGCAGCUGAGAGUGAAGCAGACAGGGGGAGUGCAGCAAGUGCGCGUGUUGGGAGAGGUGGAGGAGGAAAUUUCAGCUCUGAAAUUGAAGGUGGCAGAGGGAGAGGAGAGGAACGCUGAGGUGGAGAAGGAAAUUGGGGAGCUUCGGGCACAGGUUGACGAGGCAAAGGGGCAGCUUAGGAAUGAACGAGCAGUGGCAGAGGAGGCAGAGGAGAGAGUAGCAGCGGCGAACGAGAAAGUGCGGGAGGAGGUUGAGCGGGCAGCACGGGCGCGGGCGGCGGCGUGGACGGCAGCGCAGGAGCGGAGGGCAGUGGUGCAGGAGCUGGCGGUGGUGCGGACGGGGCGGAAGGAGGCGGCGGCGAGGGCGGCAGCGGAGAGAAUAGAGGAGCUGCAGGUGCAGGCGGGGCUGCUGGCAGAGCGCGUGAAGCAGGCUGAGGUGGUUAGCACCGAGGCUGACAGCCGUGCCGGGGCGUUGGAGGCACAGAUGGCAGUGCUGGUGUCACGCACGGCAGCAGCACAGCAGAGAGCGAGUGCAGCAGCGGCGCGAGUGACCUUCCUGAGUGGGCGCUUCAACUCGCUUGAGAUGACGGCUGCUGAGGCCGCUCGCAGGGCGGAGCGGGUGGAGAGCGAGGUGGUUCACCUGCGGGGGCGGGACGCCGACGCUGCUGCUGCUGUUGCUGCCAAUGCUGAGGCUAUCAGCCGCUUGUCGCUGGAGGUAAGCCGCUUGUCGCUGGAGGUAAGCCGCUUGUCGCUGGAGGUAAGCCGCUUGUCGCUGGAGGUAAGCCGCUUGUCGCUGGAGGUAAGCCGCUUGUCGCUGGAGGUAAGACGCUUGUCGCUGGAGGUAAGCCGCUUGUCGCUGGAGGCAAUGCAUCUCAAGGACAGCGAGGCGGCCCAAGCCCAGCGGGAAGCAGCCCUGUCAGUGCACCUGCCGGCGGCACAGCAGCAGGGCGAGGAGCUGCGGGCGCAGGCCGCCGCCUUCUCCGUCCAGCUGGCAGCCAUGGCGCGCCACGUCACCCGGCUCAAAGCUGAGCUGGAUUGGGUGGACGCGCACGGGCGGCGGCGCGAGGCCCUCUCAGCACUUUCGGAGGAGCAUGGCACAGACGGAGAAGAAGCAGGGCGGAGCUGGAGCCUCUCUUUGGAUACGGACGCCUCUUCCCUCGCCACUCUCAGCCCUCUGGGCCCUCUCAAUCCCCUCGCGGCGCUGGCGCCACUGGCAGCGGUGGCGGAUGCGGCACAGAGCGUGGCGAGUUCAGUGGGGGUGGAGGUGGGAGGUGGAGGGGGCGGGGGUGCGGAGGGGAAUGAGGAGUGGGUGCGGCGGGAGGUGGGCGUGCAGGGCGCAGCGGUGGCAGCGGAGGGUGAGCUGGAGGGGCAGAUGGAGGGCGUGGAGGACCCUCUGGAGCUGCUCAAGGUGUUAAUGGACCGGGUGUCAGAGGAGGCAUCAGCCAUCACGCAGCGCAGCGCGCACCUGGUGUGGGAGGCGCAGCAGCUGAGGGAGGAGCUGGACGCACAGCUGGCACAGCAGGACGCCGCCUGCCAGGUGGACGGGCGCCCGCUGAGGGAGGUGGUGGCGGGGGUGGAGCAGCAGGCGCAGCAGCAGCAGGAGGAGCUGCUGCAGCAGGCGGGCGCGCUGCAGUGGGCGCUGGGGGGGUCCCUGGCGCUGGCUGUGGUGGCGCCGCUGGCCAUUUACAACAGCUACUUCUCUGAGACUGCCCGAUCCAACCAGAUCAACACGCUCUCUGCACAGCUGGAUGCAGCCACACAGGCCAGCAGGGCACUGGAGCAGGUAGCAGGGGAGACCGAGGCAGAGAGCGUAGAGGCAAUGGAGAGGUUACACGCCAUGGAAGCAGAGGUGGAGGCCCAGCGCGCCGCCGUUACGCGGUUACAAUCGCUCGUGCCCCUCGUGGCUCCCUCGGUGGAGUCUGACGAGGCUGCCCGGUUCUGCCAGAACGUGCCGCAGGAGUUCCAGUCACCGAUCACGGAGCAGAUUUGUGACGGGCUGAGGCAGAGUGGCAGGGUGGAGGCCAAGAGGGUUGAUGGUCCGUCGGGUGGCAGUGGGGCGGCACAAGGAGGGCGGUUUGGGUUCAACAACCCUUUCAAUCUUGGCUGGAAGCGGUGGUGA